UGGCAUGCAGCCACAAGCAUUCCAAGCCCCUUGGACACGGUUUUGACAGCCCUGGGGCCCGUUGCGCGAUCGCUCAUUUAUACCGUGCGACUCGCACACGCGUUUCAACGGGCCGCUGCAAGUGUUGCUCGUCAUUUGCACUGGAAGCACUGUAACAUACAACACUGUAAAUAUAGCGCCAUACCUGCGCUGCUUGGGUCGUUCUGGUUGAGAGCAGCUUGCGCACUCGUUUCUGACAGGAGCUCAGGGCACAAUGCUGCAGCUUCGCUGUGCUGCCCAGAACUAUGACUGGGGCCGGAAGUACCAGGACAGCGAGGUUGCGAAGCUGGCUCACGCUAAUGGAAAUGAAGUUGACGAGUCCAAGCCCUUUGCGGAGCUGUGGAUGGGCGCGCACCCCAACGGCCCCUCCAAGGUCGCUGCCACAGGCGAGAGCCUAGCUUCGCUGCUGGCGGCCCACCCGGCUGCACUGCUGGGCGCCCGCGUGGCCGAGCACUUCGGCCAGCUGCCAUACCUGUUUAAGGUGCUGUCUGUGAGCAAGGCCCUGUCCAUCCAGUCCCACCCGGACAAGCAGCUGGCGGAGCGGCUGCACGCGGAGCACCCCAAGAUGUACGCCGACCCCAACCACAAGCCCGAGAUGGCCCUGGCGCUCAGCGACUUCGAGGCCCUGUGCGGCUUCAGCACCACCGCCGAGCUGCAGGCGCGCCUGGCGGCUACUCCCGAGCUGGCGGGCCUGGUAGGGGCGGAGCAGGUGGCGGCGCUGGCGGCACUGCCGGCGGGGGCUGCGGGGCAGGACCACCCGGCGGCCAAGCAGGCGCUCAAGUCCGCCUUCACGCACCUCAUGACGGCCCCGCCCGCCGCCGUGACGGAGGCGGUGCGGUCGUUGGUGGCGCGACUGGAGGCCGCGCAGGCGGCAGGCGCGGCACUGAGCGAGCACGAGGCGCUGGCGCUGCGGCUGAACGCGCAGUUCCCGGACGACGUGGGCAUCUUCUCCGCGUUCUUCCUCAACAUUGUGCGUCUGCCUGCCGGCUCCGCCAUCUACCUGCCUGCCAACGAGCCGCACGCCUAUCUGGCGGGCGAGCUGGUCGAGUGCAUGGCGGCCUCCGACAACGUCAUCCGCGCAGGCCUCACGCCCAAGUUCAAACACGCAGACGUGCUGUGCGAGAGCCUCACCUACCGCCAGGGCCUGCCCGACGUGCUGGAGGGCAGCCCCGCGGGCCCGGGCGGCAGCGUGCGCGUGUACCAGCCGCCCUUUGAGGAGUUCGAGCUUCAGAAGCUGGAGGUGUCGGGCGGGGAGGUGGCGCUGGCGGCGAGCCAGGGCCCGCGCAUUUUGCUGGUGACGGCUGGAGAGGCGGAGGUGGCGGCGGGAGGCGGCGGCCUGCCGGCGGCGUUGGAGGCUGUGAAGGAGGUGGAGCGCGGCGGCGUGCUGCGGCGCGGGAGCAUUGUGCUGCUGGCGCCAGGUGUGGAGUUUGCGGUGCGGCGGGCGGAGGAGCUGGUGGGCUGGAUGGCGGCGGUGAACAGCGCUUUCUUCGCGAUUGAUGGCGCGAAGCAGGGGGCGGCGGCGGGGACUGGUGCGGCGGAGGAGGAGAAGGAGGUUGCAACGGUGUGAGGGGAGGGGUGGGGCGAGGGGAGGGGAGUGUGGGGGCGAGGGAGGGGAGAGGGAGAGCUUGAUGCUGGACGAGAGGUUCAGCUUUGCGCCUUAUCCAUGUGCCGUGACGGAGGAUUGUGGGGGGUCACAGGCGGACUCAGCUUGAGUGCUUGAGUGGACUGAUGGUGCAGUCCACUGACUGGCGAGAGGGAGGGGGCGGGGGGGCGGGCAUGGGUAACAGGACACGCUACGUGCCAACCCAUUGUUGUGCCGCGGCACGGUUUGACCCGUUGACAUGAGUGGGUAUUGAUCAAUGUGCAAGUCCAUGAGGAAGCAGAACUUGUGGUGGCGGGGGCAGGUGUGGGUAUGUGGGGGGUAACACUUGGGGUAACACGCAUGCUGCCAUGAGGAAGGAGAACCGCUGUGCUGGUCGGUAACAAGCGUGGGCACUUUGAACAGCGGCCGCGCUGGAUACUGUUGGCGCUGUGAAAUGCACGUAUAAUUG